GGUACAGAGGAGGUACAGAGCGGUACAGAGGCGGCCUCAAGCCGACGCGACAGAGCCGCGGCCCCGCCCGCCGCUCCCGCCCCGCCGGCUGUGACGGCGCCGGGCGCAGGGAAGUGCUUCCGCCGCGGCUCCGGGGCCCGUGAGUGCGGCGGGACCCGGGAGUGAGCUUGCCCUAGUGUGACCGGCCGAGGCCGGGAGAUGUCGACCCCCCCUCUGGCCGGGGCGGGGAUGCCGCCGGGCGCUUUCUCCGGGACGCAGGCUCAGGCUGCCCGGGAGGUGAACACGGCUUCCCUGUGCCGCAUCGGCCAGGAGACCGUGCAGGACAUCGUCUUUCGAACCAUGGAGAUCUUCCAGUUACUGAGGAACAUGCAGUUGCCAAAUGGUGUUACUUACCAUACUGCAACAUAUCAAGACAGACUGGCAAAGCUGCAGGAACAUCUCCGUCAGCUAUCAAUACUCUUCAGAAAACUGAGAUUAGUCUAUGACAAAUGUAAUGAAAACUGUGCUGGACUUGAUCCUGUUCCCAUAGAACAACUUAUUCCAUAUGUUGAAGAAGAUGGCUCCAAGCAUGAUGAUCGUGGUGCUGCAAGUCAGCUUCGUUUUGCUAGUGAAGAGAGAAGGGAAAUCAUGGAAGUAAAUAAGAAACUGAAACAGAAGAAUCAGCAGCUGAAGCAGAUCAUGGAUCAGUUACGAAAUCUUAUUUGGGACAUAAAUGCCAUGUUGGCAAUGAGGAACUGAACAAGGAAAAUCAAACUUUGUAACUGAAGAAGAUACAAAUCUGUUUGGAAAUACUUAACUUCCUUCUAAGAAGUAACAUGUUUUGCCACAAUUAUAUUGCAGUAAUGUUUGAAAAGUCUUCAAGAUUAAAACAUCGGGUCAUUUUCUAGUGAUGUAAAUGGUGUUGGGUUUAUUUUUAUAGAAGAUUCAUGCUGUAAGUUUUACCUGUGUGAUUCUUUUGCACAGCCUCAGUAAUUUACAGUAGUAGUUUGGAUUGCUGUGUAGAUAGGGGGUUUUAUAAAUAAAGCGUUUCUGGAUUUUCUUUAUAAUACAAUUAAAAAUUAUAAAAACAUAUGUUUAUAUGCCAUUCUUCAGUGCAAAUAGCCUCUACAGAGAGGAAAAGUUGCAAGACAGGAAAGUUGCUCCAGUGAGCUAGAGGGCUGAAGUCAGCAAUCCAAUACUGCAGUUCAAUCUGCAGUAUUUUAUAUAUAAUCCACAGUGCAGAGCACAGCAGGACAAUCCCCUCCCUUGCCCGGCUGGGCCUGAUGCCCCCCAGGACAGGAUUGGCCCUCCUGCCAGGGCACUGCUGGCUCAUGUUCAAGUUGCCAUAGACCAGGACCCCCAGGUCCCUUUCCAUGGCACAGCUCUCCAGACUCUCAUUCCCCAGUCUAUACAAACAGCCAGGGCUGCCCCAUCCCAGGUGCAGAAUCCAGCACCUGCCCUUGUUAAACUUCACAGUUGGAGAUCACCCAACCCUUUAAUUUGUCGAGGUCUCUCUGCAGGGCCUUUCUGACCCCAGGGGAGUAGACAGCUCCUCCCAAUUCAGUGUCAUCAACAAAUUUACUAAGUUUUCCUUCCAGUCCUGCCUUGAAGAGCACAGGGCCAGGGAUGAAGCCCUGUGGAACCCCACUAGUGACAGUCACCAGUGCCCCAUUCACUGUAACACUUUGUGCCCAACCCAUCAGCCAGUUGCUUACCUGUCAUGUAACUCAGUUACAGCUGUGUGCUGGACAUUUUGUCCAUAAGGUUUCUCUGAGAGACAGUAUCCAAAAACUUUGCUGAAGUCCCAAAAGGUUACAUCUGAUGGCUUCCCUAGAUCAGCUAGUGGUGGUUUACCCUGGUGUAGAAGAGAAUCAGGUUCAACAAGCAGGACUUCCCCCUCAGGAAGCCAUGCUGGCUCUGAACAACUGUUACUGGUGGUGCAUUUCUGUAGCAUAAUGUAUGGUUGGAAUACUUUGUUUUGUUUACCAGAAUGCACUAAAUAAAGACCUCAUUAAUCUUUUA